UUAGGUUUAUGCGAGUUAAAACAUCUUCAAAGGCUAUAUAUGAGCAACAAUGAUCUCAGUGGCACUUUACCUUUAUGUCUAGCAAAUUUAACAUCCCUUCAACUGUUAGAUCUAUCUUCCAAUCACUUCAUCGGAAAUAUCUCCUUGUCUCCCCUGGGUAACCUCACAUCCAUGCACACAUUAGAUCUUUCAUGGAACCUGCUCCAAAUCCCAAUCUCUCUUCUGCCAUUUUUCAACCUUUCAAAGCUCAAGCACUUGGAUUGUUAUGAGAAUGAAAUAUAUGCAGAUAUAGAUGUGCCUACUCUGACACCAAAAUUUCAACUACGGACCCUAGAUUUGUCAGGUCAAGGAGAUGGCGGAGUGUUUCCCAAGUUCUUCUACUAUCAGCAUAAAUUAGAAUAUGUUGAUAUGUCAAAUAUUAAAAUGAAGGGAGAGUUUCCACAUUGGUUGAUCAGGAACAACACAAAAUUAUACACACUUUACUUGCACAACUCUUCUCUUUCGGGGCCUCUCCAAUUGCCAAUUCAUUCCCAUGUGUAUUUUUCAGACUUAGACAUCUCUGACAACUACUUCAAUGGCUCUAUUCCAACAGAAAUUGGAGUAUGUUUUCCAAGUUUAAAUUUUCUAAACUUGUCUGGAAAUGGUCUCACUGGUGGCAUUCCUUCAUCAUUUGGCAAAAUGAGUCAACUGACAGAAUUAGACUUGUCCAACAAUCGACUAUCAGGCAUAAUACCCCAAGACUUGAUUGUUGGAUGCAAUUCAUUGGGUCAUCUCAUUCUUUCAAACAACAAUUUGCAAGGCCAGAUAUUCCCAAAGCAGGCUACUUGCAAAGAAUUGAUUCGAUUAUUGUUGGAUGGCAAUCAAUUCACUGGAAGUAUCCCAUAUAGCAUAAGUAAUUGCACAAUGUUGAAAAUGUUGGACGUGAGUUAUAAUCGUCUCUUUGGUAGCAUCCCUGGUUGGAUAGGGAAUAUAACUUCUCUUAAUAUCUUGGAUCUGUCAGAGAACAGUUUCUUUGGAAACCUGCCAUCUAGCUUUGUCCCUCCAUGGAUCAGUGAAGUUUAUCUAUCAAAAAAUAGGCUACAAGGACCGUUGACGAAUGCAUUUUAUGGUUGUUCUGAAUUAAAAAUAUUGGAUCUUAGUCACAACGAUUUCACUAAAAGGAUUCCAGAAUGGAUUGGCAAUUUUUCAACAUUGACCUAUCUUCUUUUGGGUUAUAAUAGACUUGAAGGUGAAAUACCAAUUCAGUUGUGCCACUUGUUCAAAUUAAGAUUGGUUGAUUUUUCUAAUAAUAAUCUUUCUGGUCCUGUUCCCCCUUGCAUAAGCCUUCGUAGGUAUUCUGGUGACGGAAUUAGGUACUUGCGUCCUCCUAUAGGUUCUAUGACUCAACCUUUGGAGGUUACAACAAAGAAUGCAUUGCGUUAUUUCCAAGGAAGCAUUCUCAGGCUCAUGUCAGGACUCGAUCUGUCCUGCAACAAUUUGACAGGUGAAAUUCCUGUUGAAAUAGGAAAUCUUGACAAAAUCCAGCUGUUAAACCUGUCCCAUAACAAGUUGACGGGAUUGAUUCCACAAUCAUUUUCAAACCUAACGCAAAUUGAGAGCUUGGAUCUUUCCUAUAACAACUUGAAUGGCAAAAUCCCUCAACUCACUCAACUAAAUUUUCUAGCAGUCUUCAGUGUAGCGCACAACAAUUUAUCUGGCAGGACACCUGAGAUGGUUGCGCAAUUUGCGACAUUCGAGAAUAGUAGCUAUGAGGGAAACCCUUUCCUUUGUGGACCUCCACUGUCUAAAAGUUGCUUUUCUUCAUCAAUAAUGCCAAGAUUUUCGGAGGAGGAUAAAAAAUAUCAUAAAAAGGAUGGUGGCUUUGUGGACAUUGAUGCUUUCCAUGUGAGUUUUCUGAUUUCUUAUGCCAUAGUGUUGUUGACCAUAGCAGCCGUUUUGUACAUAAAUCCACAUUGGCGAAGAGCAUGGUUCUAUAUGAUAGAGUUGAGCCUCACCAACUUCUACUAUUUUCUGGUGGACAAUAUUCCUUUUGUGUUUAGAUGCUAUUGAAGCCUGGGUCUGCUAUGUACUUUAGAAACCAUGGGUCUGCUAUGAGUCAGCUGAGUUUGUGUUGUAGUUGUGUAAGCUGGGAAGGUUGCAGAAUAAUGAGCUGAAGCUGAUUGCAGAUCAUCAUUUAUUACUUGUUUCUGUCAGUCAGUUAGAUGAGCUAUAAACAUAGCUUGUUGACUUUGCAACUUCCUAUGUACUCUGGUGUGCUGUUCAUUUCUUGAAUGAGAAGUAGUCACUCUGCAAGCCUGCUCAAGAUUUAUAGUACUGUAAGUUUGAAUAUUUGUCUAAAAAUGAAAUUAAGAUAAAUUACAUUUA